AACUUUUGACGUGCUUCAGUUUAGCGGAAGUUGCGGAGAGGCGCGCGGCAGGUGGCUCUUUUUUCGUCUGCUGUCUGUGUGAACGCUCCAAAGUUUUCCGGAUCGCGAGGAUAAAGUUGUCCACAGUCCGAAGCAAAGAUGUCCCACCUUCGCCCCAGGCUGUGCGCGAUGGAGAAGGGAUCCGGCGGGUACGGCUUCCACCUGCACGGAGACAAAGGCAAGAGCGGCCAGUUCAUCCGGCUCGUGGAGCCCGACACUCCCGCCUCCGCCGCCGGGCUGCUCGCCGGAGACCGGCUGAUGUUCGUGAACGGGGAGAGCGUGGAGGGCGAGAGCCACCAGCAGGUGGUCUCCCGGAUACGGGCCACCACCGGGGCCCUGGAGCUUAUCGUGGUGGACGACGAGACGGCGGAGCUGCUGAAGAAGCACAACCUGCAGUGCCGAAAGGAAUUCGUCACGGAGGGGAUCCCCGUGCCCGGCCGGGACAGCGACUCGGACCGCGGGGACGUCCACAGCAACGGCACCCCGAGGGAGGCGAGCCCGGUCCCGCAUGAGAACGGGGACACCUCCUCGGAGAGGUCGGGGAGGCUGAGUAUCACCUCCAGCAUCAAGGAUGAGCCGGACGGACUGCGGCCCCGCCUCUGCCACAUGAAGAAGGGCCAGAGUGGCUACGGCUUCAACCUGCACAGCGAGAAGUCCAGGCCGGGCCAGUUCAUCCGGGCCGUGGAUGACCACUCCCCCGCACAGAAAGCCGGCCUCCGGCCGCAGGAUAAGAUCAUCCAGGUGAACGGCGUGGCGGUGGCGGGGAUGCAGCACUCCGAGGUGGUGGCGGCCAUCAAAGCCGGAGGAGACGAGACCCGACUGCUGGUGGUCGAUGCUGAGACGGAAGAGUUCUUCAACAAGUGCAACGUCACGCCCACUGAGGAGCACGUCACGGGAGCGCUUCCGGAACCAGAGUCCAAGAGGGAGUCGGAGGAGGAGACAGCAGCAGAGCAGAAGCCUAAAGAAUCUGUGAGCUCCAGAGCCUCCAGCGCCUCCUCCAGCAGCUCGCUGCAGCAAGCGGCGCCCAGCUCACCGCCCGCAGAGGUGGAGGAGCCCCCGCGAGCCGAGCCGGCCUCCUCCGCAGACAGCCUGGGUCUGAGCAUGUCGCUGGCCGAGGCCAAAGAAAGAGCUCACAAGAAGAGGGCGGCCAAGAAGGCCCCGUCCAUGGACUGGAGCAAGAGGAACGAACUCUUCAGCAACUUAUAGGUUCUUGGCCAUCUCCGCGCCGCCCUCCGGGGGAGACCUCAGAGAGGAGGGUGGUUGGUGUGAAUCUCAGACUGACACAGCUCCUUUUAAACUGCCACGUUGAACAGUAUUAUAAAUGAUUUUAUUGUUUUAAUUUAGGGAUUUGACACUUUUUUCUUUCUGCCUGCAAUGUUUCAAUGACGUUUUAAUGAUGUUGCAGCAAUGAAUGUGUUAGUAAGAGCAGAGGGAGUAACAGGAGGAGGAUGACUGCAUCAGGGAGAAAAUGAUUUAUGUUUUAACUCUAAAACGGAAAUCCUCUGUUCAGAAAAACUGCUGUGAAAGUCUUGAUCCCCAAUUCAAAGAAAUGUCUGUUUAAAUUGUACAUACAUGAAUGAAGGUCUGUUGAUUCUGCUUGAUUGUUGUUUUUUAAUAGCACCAUUUGCUGGUGUGACUCAGAAAACAGAGUUUAACCUGUACAAUAUGAUCAAUAUAUAAAUAAUGUUUGGAUCAAAGUGAGUCGUGUUCAGAUGUGCUUUAUCUAUGAGCUCUAAAUAAAAAAUCGGAGCCAAAAGA